GGAGCGGUGGCCAACAGACUACUACAGUGCUAUAUAGAUAUGAGGAGGCCGUGUGCUGUGGUGCUGUAGUUCGAGCAUCAUCUCUGUUCCCUCUGUCCAGCUUUGCGUCGUCGAGAUCUUACACAUCACCGCCGCGGCAAGAUGUUCUCCUCCUGGACCACCGCCUUGGCCGCUUGCGUCUUCCUCGCGAGCGGCGCAUCCGCCCAGGUCUCCAUCGCCGAGAUCAACGGCAACCGCUUCCUGUCUUCCUACCAGGGCCGGAAUGUCGUCGGCGUGCGCGGCCUCGUCACGGCCAAGGGACCCAACGGUUUCUGGCUGCGUUCCACCGCUCCCGACGGCGAUGAUCGCACCUCCGAGUCCAUCUACGUCUUCAACCGCGCGGCCCUGAGGAACGUGACCGUGGGCAACAUCAUCACCCUCAACGGCCGGGUCUCCGAGUACCGCUCCAGCGCAGCUUACCUCUACUCCACCCAGAUCGAAUCGCCGAGCAACAUCGUCACCAUCUCCGUGAACAACACCGUGACUCCGCUGGUCAUCGGUCAAGACACCGGCCUCCCGCCGACGGAGCAGUACACCUCUCUCGACAACGGUGCUGUGUUCGGCGUCCCUGGGAAUCAGUCCCGCAUCUCUGCCGUCAACCCAAUCUUGUCGCCCGCCGACUACGGCCUCGAUUUCUGGGAGAGCCUCAGCGGAGAGUUGGUCACCGUCUCCCAGCCGCAUGCCAUCAACCGACCGAACAACUUUGGUGACACCUGGGUGGUGGGCAACUGGCCGACCACCGGCAAGAACGCCCGAGGUGGCCUGACCGUCACUGCGGGAGACGCCAACCCGGAGGCCAUCAUCAUCGGCAGCCCGCUCGACGGCUCGGCCAACCCGAGGGAUACCAAGCUCGGUGACGAGCUGGAUGAGAUCACCGGCGUGGUGGCCAACGUCUUCGGGUUCUACUACAUCCUCCCUUUGACCAAGAUUACCGUGACCCGAGCGAACUACCCUCAAUCGCCUCCGCCGACCACCCUGGUCUCGGACGGGGCGUGCGGCGGCAUCACCCUCGGCCAGUACAACAUCGAGAACUUCAGCCCGCAGUCCACCACCAUCAACGCCAUCGCGCGCCAGAUCGUCGACUACCUGAAGACCCCGGACAUCCUGUUCGUGCAGGAGGUCCAGGACAACAACGGCCCCACCGACAACGGCGUCGUCGACGCCAACGUGACCCUGUCCACCUUGAUCGACGCCAUCAGCAACGCCGGCUCGCCCGUCCGGUACGCCUUCACCCAGAUCAACCCGGUCAACAAGCAGGACGGCGGCCAGCCCGGCGGCAACAUCCGCACCGCCUACCUCUUCAACCCGGCCGUCGUCCGCCUGCGCAAGCCCAACCCGGGCUCCAGCACCGACGCCACCCGGGUCCUCGCCGGCCCCUCCCUCAGCUUCAACCCGGGUCGUAUCGAGCCCGCCAACAGCGCCUGGACCAACAGCCGUAAGCCCCUGGUCGCCCAGUGGGAGACCCUCGACGGCGCCAACCCCUUCUUCACCGUCAACGUCCACUGGACAUCCAAGGGCGGCAGCAGCUCCAUCCAGGGCGACGCCCGCCCGCCCGUCAACGGCGGCGUCGACUCGCGCACCGCGCAGGCCAACGUGACCGGGACCUUCAUCCAGCAGAUCCUGCGCCUCGACCCCCAGGCGGCGAUCGUCACGGCGGGGGACUUCAACGAGUUCACCUUCGUCCAGCCCCUGCAGACGUUCGCCUCCGUCUCCGGGCUGAGGAGCCUCGACGAGGUCGUCGGGACCCCCGACGCCGAGGUCUACACCUACCUCUUCGACAUGAACACCCAGGAGCUCGACCACAUGUACGUCAGCGACCGCAUCGCCCAGGGCGGCGCCGCCGCGUUCGAGCACGUCCACGUCAACACCUGGGCGGCCCCGGCGGACGAGAUCUCGGACCACGACCCCAGCGUGGCCAAGUUGAACGUCUGCCAGGCCGCGUAGAGGGGAGGGCGAGGCAUGGAACGGGCGGUCGGUUUUGUUUUUGUUUUGUUUUUUUUGCUUUCUGCGCGUCCCUCGCGUCGCGGGUCGUUGUGGGUUCGGACCUCGGUGGAGCCGUAGUUUGCAUGGCGAUAGGAAGAUGGCAUCGGGGGGGGUGUGAUUGACAGGUUAUCGCACUUCACGAGAAUAUAGAAUCGGAAAUUGACGGGGCU